UAUUUUUCUCCACCAUUAAAAUCGAACCCAGAACUUUGAACAUAACUUUAUCAAAUCUCACUCUCUUUAUCAUUUAACAUGCACUUACACCAACAAGGGGAUAGCAUUCUUCUUCCCGUGAGAUUCACUGUUCAAACUGAUAUCCCCCUAUGUGUAUACACACAUAUAGACGUAAAUAUAUACAUCCCGUCUAUCUUUUGCAAGGGAAUACAAUUCGUACGUUUUAAUGCGUGAUUUGGUUUCCCAUGGUUUUUAAUCAGUUUGAACUUGACUAAUUAUUAUUUUAAUAAUAAACUCAUAAUAUUUUAUCCUACCUAAAAGUUUUGCUGCUACUGAUAUCGCAAUCGGCACAAUAAUAUCGAAGACGGCCGGAAAUCCAAACUAAUACGUAUUUUAGAAAUAAAUGCUUUGAGCCUCAAUUUUGUGUGGUAGGGAGUUUAUAUUUUAUUUCAUUAAAAAAAAUAUACGAGCCAAGCAAUUCCACAACAUCACGGGAGAGUAUAUUGCACGCGCUCGAUGAUGCGCGUAGGAUUAUCACCUGGUUCGGCCACCAAAACCCUCGAUCCAUUUCAACUACAAAGGCCCGCUCCAGUGAUCAGACGCCGUCCUUGCUCUCGACUGUGAUUGGUUGGUGAGACUUUUUUUUUUCUGGCACUGCAGAUUUCGUUCUGAAAAUGCGCUGAUUUCUUCGUGCGAUAAAUUCGCCGAAGGUUCUUUUCCAUUCGUUCGUCGUCCGGAUAUCGGGAAUUCUGAAACUCCGUUUCUUAGGGCUCGCACCGUGUUGUUGUUGUUUCCUUGGUGAUUUCUGUCCCUCUGUUGGAGUAAUUUAUAUUGUUGAUGGCGUCGGAGGAUGUGAAGACGAGCGAAUCGGCGGCGGUUUCUACGAUAGUUAAUCUGGCGGAGGAGGCGAAGUUGGCUAGAGAGGGAGUCAAGGCUCCGGGUUACGCCGUUCUCGGCGUCUGCAAGUCUCUCAUUGCCGGUGGCGUCGCUGGUGGAGUGUCGCGCACUGCAGUCGCACCCCUGGAAAGGUUAAAGAUUCUCUUACAGGUCCAAAAUCCCCAUAGCAUAAAAUAUAACGGAACGAUCCAAGGAUUGAAGUACAUUUGGAGGACCGAGGGCUUUCGCGGGCUGUUCAAAGGGAAUGGUACUAACUGUGCUCGUAUUGUUCCGAAUUCAGCAGUCAAGUUUUUCAGCUAUGAGCAAGCCUCGAAGGGAAUACUAUAUCUGUAUCGGCAGCAGACAGGAAAUGAAAAUGCUCAACUCACUCCUGUUUUGCGCCUUGGAGCUGGUGCAACUGCUGGAAUAAUAGCUAUGUCUGCAACAUAUCCAAUGGAUAUGGUACGAGGAAGGCUAACUGUCCAGACUUUGAACUCUCCUUAUCAAUAUCGAGGAAUGUUCCAUGCUUUGUCAACUGUUCUACGACAGGAAGGUCCACGUGCCUUGUACCGUGGUUGGCUUCCAUCAGUAAUUGGAGUGGUUCCAUAUGUGGGCUUGAACUUUGCAGUCUAUGAAUCUCUAAAGGACUGGCUAGUGAAAGCAAAUCCAUACGGGCUGGUACAAGAUUCCGAAUUGAGCGUUACAACGAGGCUUGCAUGUGGUGCUGCUGCUGGAACAGUUGGCCAAACAAUUGCUUAUCCACUUGAUGUUAUUCGUAGAAGAAUGCAAAUGGUUGGGUGGAAGGAUGCUUCCUCAGUUGUCACUGGUGAUGGAGGAAGCAAGGCUUCUCUUGAAUACAAUGGCAUGAUUGAUGCAUUCAGAAAAACAGUUCGUCAUGAGGGCUUUGGAGCAUUGUACAAGGGUUUGGUUCCCAAUUCAGUCAAGGUUGUACCCUCCAUUGCAAUUGCAUUUGUGACAUAUGAGGUGGUGAAGGAUUUGUUAGGAGUCGAGUUUAGAAUAUCCGACUGAAAAGCUUGGAUUCUUCACCCGUAAUCCUCGAAAGGACUUCUAUAUUUGUAGCCGAUGGGGAAGAAGAGAAGUUAAAUUAGGGCAUAUUCCAUGACCUUGUGCUUCAUUCAUGGACAAGCUAGCCAAACUAUUUCAACGUUUUGGUUAUAUAUUGGGUUUUUUGCCAGUUUUCUGUUUUGUUUCCCCUGCGCUCAUAUUGUGGCUUCUUGCUGCUGAAUUAACAAUAAAUCAAUGGCUUGAACUAUACAAAUCCUAUUGAUAGGACGAGGAAAAAAUCUCAUUUUGGAGGAUUAAUAUUUUCCGGAUCUUGUGAUA